CUACUAUGAACUUUCCCAAUUUUGACAUUUUCGUGAAUGACCUCUGGCCCAGUCAAAUCUUUUCCGCGUAAUGCACCCCAUAGACUUCGGCCACGGUGCAUUUGAAACCCCCUUCUUCCCAGAAGAUCAAGAAACAAACCUCCUCAACAUAUGCCUCACGGUGAAGAAGCAGCUCAUCGCUUCCGGUACGCAAGGCAACGAUAGCCUACCACCGCUCUUCCAACUCUCCCGCUGGGUCACCGGCCCCAACCAAGAAACCCACAGAUUCUACAACCGCAUCAAGCCCGCCUUGCGCCUCGCCUCCCUCUUCAUCACCGACCAAAAAGCCAUCUCCAACUACUGGCCCCGCCUCCUCCUCGGCCACCACGCGCACACCCCCGGCUGCGCCAGCACGCAAGACUACCUGCACGCGUCCGUCCUCGCGCGAGUCCUCCCCUCGCGCCCUCCCCGCCGUCUCGCGCGCCUUCCUCCACCUCGCCAACAACACAACCUUCCUCUCCAUGCUCCCCAACCCCGCCCACCCCCCGAACCAGAGCGCGUCUUCGGCGCCACCUUCCCCGCGCGCGCCCGCUCCGCCGCGCACACCCUCGUGCCCCCCUCGGCGGCGCCCUUCGCCUGGCCAAGCGUCCACCACGGCGCGCACCACCCCACCAUCGGCCUCAACCGCCACUUCUACGCCUUCUUCGCGCUCCGGUGGCGCGCGGCCACCGCGUCGCUGCGCUACCGGCAGCUGUUCGUGCUCGCGCAGACGCUGGCGCACGAGGUCGCGCACGCGUUCGGCAUGCUGACGCACCCGCAGUGGGGAGCGCGCGGGGUGGCGCCGUGGUUGGUUGUGCUGCGCGUUCAGGCGGGCCGCCCACGCAGCGGCAGGGGCUGGGGUGGACGUGGGAGCGGUGCGUGUUGGGUGGGGCGCUGGUCCCCGUGAACAAUAAUGUGGGGGAUAUGGGCCCGUUGGCGUAUGCGCUGCAUCAUGAGUUGCCCACGCAGGGGCGGCCGGUUGUGGUUAGUGGGGUGGAGGCGAGGUCUUUGGGCGUGUAUCUUGGGGCGCGAGGGGCGUCGAGGCGCUUGAUGAUGGGUUUUGUGAGUGUGGAG